UCGGGCGGCGGAAGGAGCGGCGGAGGCCGGCAGCUCAGCUUCGUGGAGGAUCUCGGCGCGCCGCGUCCCGCAGCACCCGGCAAGCGCCCGCUCCGCCGCUAGGAUGCCCAAGAGGAAGGUCAGCUCGGCCGACGGCGUGGGGAAGGAGGAGCCCAAGAGGAGGUCGGCGAGGCUGUCAGCUAAGCCUGCUCCUGCGAAAGUGGAAGCGAAGCCAAAAAAGGCAGCGGGAAAGGAUAAGUCUUCAGACAAAAAAGUGCAACCAAAAGGAAAAAGAGGAGCAAAGGGAAAGCAAGCUGAAAUGGCUAACCAAGAAACUAAAGAUUUACCUGCAGAAAAUGGAGAAACUAAAAAUGAAGAGAGUCCAGCCUCUGAUGAAGCAGGAGAGAAAGAAGCCAAGUCUGAUUAAUCUCAUAUACCAUGUCUUAUCAGUGGUCCCUGUUUCUCCCUUCUUGUACAAUCCAGAGGAAUAUUUUUAUCAACUAUUUUGUAAAUGCAAGUUUUUUAGUAGCUCUAGAAGAAACAUUUUUAAGAAGGAGAUUGAAAUUCCACCUCAUCCCAUUUUUUAAGUGUAAAUGCCUUUUUUUAAGAGGAGAAAUCAUUUGCUGGUUGUUUAUUUUUUGGUACAACCAGAAAAUAGUGGGAUAUUGAAUUAUGGGAGGCUUUGACUGUCUUGGUUGUCAACUUUAACAUUCCAUAGGGUGGGGGGUGGCAGUUUUUAUACCCUGUAAUACAACGCAUACUAAAUGAUGA